GCGCCCCAGACGACCAUGGAUGUCGACCCGGGCCAGCUCACUGACGUGUCGCGCGUCGACGGCGUCCGCGUACUUCGACGCGACGGUCGACUCUUCCUCCACGAGAAGGACCUCUUCGGCGCGAUCAAGCUGCGCUACCUGCCGGCGACGCACACGGGCGACGACUUCGAGCGCGCCUACCGGUGCCCGUUCGACUCGAGCUACAUCACGGAGAAGGCGGCCUUCAACGCGCUCUCCUCCUGGAGCGAGCCCAUCUACAUGGCGACCUUCGUGGGCUUCUUGAAGAGCGGCGGCGCGAACCAGCAGACGGACUUCGCGAGCGGUGACCUCGUGGGCCUCCAGGCGGACGUCGCGCGGAUCUUCGGCGACCAGAUGGCGCGCUUCGGCAAUUGCGGCGUGGGCUUCCACGAGCUGUCCAUCGAGGACCAGACGACACGUGCGGAGAUGGCCGUCGCAGCUUUGGAGAUCAUCGCCGGCGUCGAGACGGGGUCGCUCGUGUCGACCA